AUGAGGGAGUUCUUUGCAUAUCGCAUACAUGAUCGUCGUGGAGAAGCUGAGACAAUAUUACUUUCUGGAAGAUUAUUGCAACAAUUAAGUGUUGAUGAUAGAGGAGAUACAGAAGGAGCAUCAACUGGUAGUCGGGUAGUUAUCAGCAUCAUCAUCACUGGAGGACACAGCUAUAUGAGGGAGAACUAUCAAGAUGCAAUGGCAAUAUGCAGAUGGUUUAAUGAGAGAACAACAGUGGACGAAGAUGGUUAUCCGGUAUACAGAAGAAGAGAUAAUGGAGCAACUGUUGAAAAAAAUGGUGUCAUGCUUGAUAAUAGAUUCGUUGUUCCAUACAACUCUCAAUUACUCUGUAAGUAUCGUGCACAUAUCAAUGUUGAAUGGUGUAAUCAAUCACGCUCAAUCAAGUAUCUAUUUAAAUAUAUAAACAAGAGAUACGAUAGAGUCACUGCGACUGCAUACCAUAAUCGUCAAAAUCCUGAAGAUCCUGAAAAAAUUGAUGAAAUCAAAAUGUAUUAUGAUUGUCGAUACAUAUCGCCAUGUGAAGCUAUGUGGAGAAUAUAUGGGUUCCCCAUACAUUUUAGAAUCCCUGCUGUCAAACGAUUAAGUUUUCAUCUACCUGACGAACAGACCGUCCUUUUCACUGACGAUGCCGAUGUUGAGGAAGUGCUUGAAAGACCACACAUUGAGAAAACAAAAAUUUAUCAUGUCACGCCUGGAGCUGGUGAAAAAUUCUACUUGAGGACUCUGUUGAAUUAUGUGAAAGGUGUAACUUGCUAUGAAGACAUACGCGUUGUUGAUGGUGUAGUACAUCCCACCUUCAAAGAAGCAUGUUAUGCUAGAGGUUUGUUAGAUGAUGACAAGGAGUAUGUUGAUGCGAUAGUGGAGAAAACUUGGCAUCUUCUUUCGGAAGAUAUCCUACAUAGACAACGCACUAUUCUACGAGACCAAGCGUUGCACCUGAGCGAUGAACAAUUGCAGAAUUAUGCAUUAGCUGAGAUUGAAGCUAAGCUACAAAGUAACGGUAGCACCCUUCGUAGAUUUAGCGAGAUGCCAUAUCCAGAUGACCUAAUCGUGUUAGAAGGUCAAAAUAAGCUCAUAAUGGAUGAGCUAUCUUAUGACAGAGGAAAACAAAAUGAAGAGUUUCAGCAACUUUUCCAAGGAUUAACUAUUGAGCAAACUGGAAUUUUCCAAGAAAUUAUGGACGCUGUCUCGCAAUGA